UUUAAAAGAAAAUUCCUUGCUUUAAGGUUCAAACUGCAGUUGCACUAAAUUUUUUCUUUCAGCCAUUGGCAAUAGAGAUCGCUUUCCUUGGUCUAUGAAUCAACUGUUACAACUAUCAUAAGCAUUUUAUCUUGAUCCUCGAAAGUGAAAUACACUCAAAUACUGGAGAUCAAGAGAUGGCUGACGCCGCCCUUUCCUUUGCGAUUGAAAGACUUGGAGACUUGCUCAUUUCUGAAGCGAAAUUCUUGUAUGGAGUCGAAGGCCAAGUUGACGAGGCACAGUCCAAGCUACGAAGGAUGCGCAGCUUCUUAAAAGAUGCCGAUGCAUUAAUUGUGAGACGCGGAAUGGAUGCGGACAACAGAGUACGCCUUUGGGUUGCAGAAAUAAGUGAAUUUGCUCUUGCUUUAGAAGACGUUGUCGAAACUUUUGUCCUAAAAGUUGAAUCUCGAAGGAAACAAGGUGUCAAGAAUAUAUUCAAAAGGUUCGCUUGCAUUUGGAUUGAAGGAUUUGAGCUCUAUAAAAUUGGAUCAGAGAUCGACCGAAUUUUUACCAAAUUUUCAACCAUGACCUUAGAUUUUCGAGCAAUGGGCAUCACGAAAUUACCGGACAGCAAAGGAGAAAGUAGUUCUUCGAAUUACCAGCUCCAAAGACAGUUGAGGCGAGCUUAUUCUCAUGUUGCUGAAAAAGAUAUCAUCGGACUCGACGAAGAUAUCGAGAAAUUGGCAGCGGAGUUGACGAAACAAGCUAAUCCCCAUCGAGUGAUUUCUAUUUGUGGGAUGGGCGGUCUCGGAAAAACCACACUUGCUAGAAAGGUUUAUCAUCAUCCUCAAGUCAAGCGUCAUUUUGAUCGCUUUGCCUGGGUAUCUAUAUCCCAACAAUGUGAAAAACGCGUUGUGUGGGAAGAAAUUUUAAUCAAACUUACUCCGAGCCCAACCAAGAAAAAAAGAGAAGAAAUCAAAUUAAUGGGAGAUGAUGAAGUUGCCAAGGAGCUCUACAAGGUUCAGAAAGAUAACAAGUGCUUGAUUCUCCUCGAUGAUAUUUGGACCGGUAAUGAUUGGAAACUUCUAGAGGCUGCAUUUCAAGUACAAGAAGAGACAGAGAGUAGAAUCAUACUCACUACUCGUCACAGAGAGGUGGCUUCGUCUGCAUAUAAGAACCGCCUUCUCCAUAAACCACGGUUACUCAAUAAGAAUGAGAGUUGGGAGUUGUUUGAGAAAAAAUCUUCUUUCAGAAAACAAGGAACAAAUUUGAAAUAUAAUGAAGAGAUGAAAAAACUAGGAGAAGAGAUGCUUAAACACUGUGAUGGUUUGCCAUUAGCCAUUAUUGUGCUUUGUGGACUUCUCUCAACGAAAUGCACAAUUGAAGAGUGGGACAAGUUGCGCGAGAAUGUGAAAGAAUAUAUAAACAAAGGCAAAUUAGUGCAUGUAGAACAAGAAUACCAUAGCGUUUCCUCUAUAUUAAGCUUGAGCUAUGACGUGCUGCCAUAUCAUUUAAAGCCAUGUUUUUUGCACUUGACCCAUUCCCCGGAAGAUCAAGAGAUAAAGGUCGACCAAUUAUGUUAUACGUGGAUAGCAGAAGGUUUCAUUUCAUCGGAUCAACAAACACAGAGUUCAAUGGAUGAGGAUGUAGCAUAUAAUUACUUGACGGAGUUAUUGGACAGAAACAUGAUUCAAGUGGGAAGAUUGGGUCCAACUGGAAGAAUAAAAUCAUGCCACAUUCAUGAUCUCAUGAGGGAUAUGAGUUUGUUCAAAGCUCGAGAUGAAAAUUUUUUGCAAUUUUUUGAUCUGAGGAGAAGAGACGUGGUAUUGUCAAGAAAUAAGGUACGGAGACUUGCCAUCUAUACUGAUCGUGCUUUUGAUGAUUUACUUCCCUUUAUUAAUGGCAGAGAUGGCUCUCUUAGGUCUCUCAUAUAUUUUCAAUCUUGGGGCCAUAAACCUUCGGAGAAAGUAUUGAAACUUUUUUUGAAUCACUUUAAGUUCCUUAGAGUUUUGAGACUCGAAGCUUUUGGUUUAUAUGAUUAUUGUUCAUGGGAGUUGCCUAAGAAGAUUGGGAAACUUGUCCACUUAAGGUUGUUUAGUAUUCGUGGUAGCGGUGUGCAAAAGAUCCCAUCUUCUAUUGGGAAUUUGAGAUGCCUGGAGACUUUAGAUUUGAGAUCAUUUAGAGGUUGGGAAGGUAAUGUAGAAAUACCAAAUGUGAUAUGGAGGUUGGAGCAAUUGCGACGUUUAUACUUACCUAUCGAAGGUAAGUAUAAUUUAGUCAGCAAAGAUCAUGUACGACUGCCUAAGAAUUUAUACUUGCAAACAUUGUGCAAUGUUUCCACAGAUAGUGUUAAUGUAAAUGAUUUUUUGCAACUGACUAAUCUCAAGAAAUUAGUACUCGUGGUGGGUGAAGACUUGGGGAGAAUCUACCACAAUUACACAGGCGUCAAAUUUACUUGCGUCCGCUCUCUAUCGUUGUUGGCUAAAAAAUAUAUGUUCGGAGCUGAAGAAGACAUUAUACCUGUAAUAUCAUGUUAUCCUGAAAUUUAUGAGCUUAAAGUGCGUAUGAGAAUAAUAAGGUUACCAGAAGAGCACCAAUUCUCCCAUAAACUUGAGAGGUUAUCAUUAACGAGGACGCUUCUCGAGGAUGACCCAAUGAGAACGAUAGAAAAGCUACCCAAUUUAAGGGCCCUCCACUUUGGUGAUUACAGCUUUGUAGGGAAUGAGAUGGUGUGCUCAAAAGGUGGUUUCCCUCUACUUGAAUCUCUUUCCUUUGAUGGCUUAGUCUUGGCAGAGUGGAGGAUAGAGGACGGAGCAUUAACUAGUCUUUGCUAUCUGAGGAUUCGUGAUUGCCAUCGCUUGAGGAAGCUUCCAGAUGGAUUAAGAAACGUCGCAACUCUCAUGGAAGUGAAGAUCGAAGGGUCCUGCUUCCCGGAACUCAAAAAGAGAUUAGAGAAAGGAGGAGAGGAUUUCUACAAAGUCCAACAUGUGCCUUCACUUGUAAUCACUUAAAAGUGAGGACACAGAGUGGAUAUGAGUAUAUGUUUGAGUGGAGCUUUGACCAGAAUAAGAGCUUGGAUCUUGGGCCCCUGCUGCCAUUAUCGGAGUUUCUUCUUUGUUCCAAAAAAUAUAUAUUUUUAAUUAUGAAUUAGUGUGCUUAGUUAUAUUUUUACCGUUGUUGGAUAUAUAUAUAUAUAUAUAUUUAGUUGUGGUUUAUAUUUAGUGUGCCAUGAAUAAUAUUUCUACUGUUGUUGAAUUUA